UAGAGCCAAUGUAUAGGUGGUUGAAGCAAGUUUCAGGAGAGGACAAGAUCAAACUGAAAGAAACGACAAUCACAUUGCAACAAUGCCUGGAUUUACACUUACCUACUUCCCAGUCAGAGGUAGAGCUGAGCCCAUCCGGCUUUUGUUGGCUGAUCAAGGAGCCAUCUGGACAGAGAAAGAAGUUCAGAUAGGUGAUUGGUUUUCUGGAAAAUGUGAACUGAAGAACACUGCUGCCUUUGGACAACUGCCUCGAUUUCAACGUGAUGACUUUGUUCUGUAUCAGAGCAAUUCCAUCCUGAGGUAUCUGGGACAUGAAUUUGGAGUUGCUGGCAGUAACAAAGAAGAAAGCGCACUUAUCGACAUGGUGAACGACGGAGCGGAAGAUUUGAGGCAGAAAUUCGGUCGCUUGAUUUUCAUGGAAUUUGAAACUGGGAAGGAGAAAUACUUGCAGGAUCUAUCUAAUCAGCUGUCACCAUUUGAAAAGAUUCUUUCUAACAAUGCAAAUGGAACCAAAUUUGUAGUGGGACACAAGAUCUCAUUUGCUGACUACAAUCUCCUGGACAUGAUUCACUGUCACCUUGAUCUUGACCCAACAUGCUUGGCUUCCUUCCCUCUCCUCUCAGCUUACAGUCAACGGCUUGACAAACGUCCAAAGUUGAGUGAUUAUCUGAGAUCAGAAAAACGCAACAAGCGUCCUAUUACCCCUAAACACAAAUGAGCAUGUACUACAAACAUCCAGGCUGAAAACCCACAUCAUGGUUUUAUGUGUCGUUUUUCUACUUUUGGACUAUUAUAUAAUUUAAAAGGCAAAAUAAACUUUCACUAGUUUUACAACAAA